AUGGAAACUCCAGGCGCCCGCGGCGGCGGGGUAAAGGCGAAGGCCCGCUGGUUCGGGACGUUGGCUCUGUAUGACGCUUGGAUCGGCGUCUCGCACGAUCCUGUCGUCGGGGUAGUUCUGAAUCAACAAACCCACAAGUGUUUUUGGCUAAAAGUCACCGAAGUUUACAACGCACGAAGGCCGAAGAAUACCGUUCCCCGCAACGUGAAGAUGCUCCGCAGUCAUUGGGACCGAUGCGACAGAGAUGUCAAAAUAUUUUGCGCGAUAUACAGGGGAGAAGAGGCGAAUUAUCAGAGCGGAGCCAGUGGAGCCGACAUUCUGAGAGCGGCGUUGUGGGUCUUCAAAGACGACGUCGGCAAAGAUUUCAAGCUUGUCGAUGUUUGGUCGCAAGUCCACCACCUUGAAAGGUGGGCUGGCGGUGUCGAGUCGGGCUCGAAACGCACGAAGCGCACGGCGCGUGGCCACUACUCGUCUAGUGAUGGCGGCGAAGGCAACACCUCACGUGAGGGCACGCCAACCGAUGAUGCAGGGGGUCUUCUUCCGGUACACGACGUCGGCCGCAAGGGACCAAGGCGGCUAGAGUGA